UCGCGCGUUCACCGGUAACUCCGGCUUCCUCGCGUUCCGGACUCUCGACGGGACUGUUCGCGGAUCGUCCGGUUCACCAUGUGAUUUUAUUGAGAACGCGUGUUUCCACGGUGACUUAUACGGGUGAGCACGUGACCGAUGUGAUAACGUGGUGAUAAGACGACGACGUGGCUCGCGUUCUACGUGAAACCUCGGCCGCCUGUCAUCGCGUCUCCUGUGUUGCCACAGUCCCGGACUCCCAAUAAUAACGUUUUACACGCUACGCGAUUUCUGUCGCGAUCGCAGAAACAAUCGAAACUCCACGCGCUCGGAUUCUUCGUCAUGGAAUUUGUCAAACGAACGGCUCGCCAAUUCAGUCGCCGUCGCGACAGCGAUGACAUUUCAGGCGCAUACGCGCCACGGUGAUUUAUCGAUAGUUGGCUCAGAAUUGCCGACGAUUUUUAUGGAUUGAGUCGUGAUUUUGAAAGGAUUGACCUCUCGACCUUGGAUAUUGGAUUGUCCAAUGAAUGAUAGUGUCUGUCGCAUGAUUUUUGUAUCGCGCGCGGAAAUUGUGUCGCGCGCAGUUCGCCGUGUGUGUAUCACAAGUGAAUUCUUGAAUAUACCUCGUUUGACAAUUGAGGUGAAAAAUGUGCGUGACACGCGCGCGAUGGCACACGCAGAAUGCGGCAUGAUUUUCCGAUCAAGUGCUACUUGCAGCCGUUUUCAUGAUGCUCAAAAAUUCAAAGUCGCUUUAAAUUUUUUUUUAGAAAAACAAAAAAAAAUAUAUGCUCCGUUUUAAUUGAUCAUCUUUGCGGCAUCAACUAUUUCUCCAAUUAUUUAGUACUUAGUGUAUUUUUUUCAGUGUUUUAUUUAAUGCAAAAACACAAUGUAAUGUAUAUUUAUUAUUUCAGUUGUUUUGUGUGCGUAUAAUUUAUGUUCGACUCUCUGGAACUGGCUAACGAUUCGAAUCAAACCAGUUGAGAUUCCAAUUGCAAAUGUCAUCCCCGGCUAUCGUGCGCGCGCGCAAAGGUCGACCAGUCCUUAUUUCUUCUUCACAGCCGGCGCGAAAUAUCUCAUUUAAAUGCGUCUGACAAAUGUCCGGUCCGAGCGGAUUGCAUAUUGACUUAAUCCGAUAAUUAUUCACCUGCGCGCGACGUUAGAAUCGAUGCGCGAACGCUCGAUUUAGCGCUAAAAGUUCCGUCCGCUGACAUCGACGUUCGAUGAAUUUUUUGUCGACGAUAAAACUGAAACUGUGCGCGUCUAAAUUCGAGAAGCGUUGCCUAUCGGAAGUGCAUUUUUCCUGACUGCACGAUUUUCUUCUUUUUUUUUUUUUUUUCUUUUCUUUUCGUUUUGGAAAAUGUGAGGUAGAACGAGAGAGUGCCGUAAGAAUGCAUCGCAUGCACGCGGUAUGCGAACCGAACAACAAGAGAAUCUGCAUACUCUCUUCGAGUUUUGUGUGGAAGAUACUUCCUAUGUGUUCUUGAGAAAAAAAAAAUACAUAACCGGUGCCGAGAAUCAGAUGGGAAGUGAUGUAUACUUAUUAUGGCAGAAACGUUCUCGAAGAGAUUCGUUGCGGCUAAGUACAUGGGUUCGUUUCCUGUGGCGAUUCCCGACAUUGCCAGCCGCGCGGAAUUUGUGCGCUCCCAACUGGAAAUCCUUAGAUACAGCGAUCGAUUCACACCCGUUCUCCUGAUAGUCUCGCUCGCGGGGAUUAAAGUAUGCAGUCCAGAUGGAAAAUGCGUGCAAAUGGCGCACGCGUUAAGACGCAUCUCUUACGCGACUUGUGAGCCGCAGCACGCCCAAUUCAGCUUUCUAGCGCGGGAGCCCAGGGCCCACUUCAGUUUACAGUAUUGUCACUCCUUCAUCACCGAGUCUGCAGACCAGGCGGAGGAGCUGAAUACCAUCGUUGGCAAUGCUUUCCGCAUGGCGUACGUGGCGCAGCUUCAGCGCCAGCCAAUCCUUCAGGAUGUAAUCUCGCCGCGAACGACGCCAUCUUAUCGCAAAGACAAGCAGGAGCAUCGAACGUCGUGGAACAAAUCGUUAUCCGGAGACGACACGAUCGCCGCGGGCGCUUGCAGGAGCCCGUCGUCGAACUCUUGGCUGAAAAGUCGAACAUCGCCCACCUUCAGGACUGGAAGGGGUUCGGACAUGAACGUGCAGCUUGGCAGCGCCGGCUCGCCUACGCUGCGACUCGCAAGCGUAAAGGCGCCGAACACGAUCCCCGGCUUGCGACCGUCGUUCACGAACGUUCUCGGUCCUAUAACGAACGAGGACGAACCGAAGAGCAUAUCGCAGCAGAGCACGCCGAGCAGCGAUGAGAGCAACUCACCGACGGAGUUGAACUCGUACAAGAGGCUAACGGACAAGCCGCCGCUGAUAAAGCGACUGGCGAUGGGUUUGACAGGUGGACGCGACGUUCUUGGAUUGAACGGUGAGGAUGACAGCUGCCCGCUUGUGAGCGGCAGCAGCACACCGACCAGUCCAUCGAAUAGACCUCAUUCCGGGGGUUACAUAAACGAGGCGAUCAUAGACUCGGAGGGUACCAGGCCGUCAUACAACAAGAUUCCGCCGUCCGAGAGCCUCGACAACACCAUCAACGCGUCCAUAACCGCGAAGAACUUCAACAUCGAGAACAACAGGAUAGGACACAAUUGUCCGGGCUCGGGCACGGAGGCGGAAUUCAAGUCGAAAAGAAGAUCGCAAAUUAGCACGUCGAGCAGCUCGGUACCCGCUGACGGUAGCACUCAUGGCUCCACGCCAACCCCGCCGCCUUUACCCGAGAGGACAGACAGCCUGAAUAAUCGAAGCGAGGAGGCCGAACUGCGCAAAGCGCCCUGGUUUCAAGCUGGAAUACCCAGGGAGAUAACGCUCGAAGUGUUAAGCCAGGAGCCGGAAGGAGCGUUCAUGGUGCGAGAGAGCACCAGCAAACCCGGAUGCUACGCCCUCUCCCUUCGUGUGCCCCGUGAAUUUCAGCCGAGCGGAAUAGCUCAUUAUCUCAUAAUGCGUACAAACAAAGGUUACAAAAUUAAAGGCUUCACGAAAGAAUUCACGACGCUCACCGCGCUAAUCACACACCACUCGGUCAUGCCGGAAUUAUUACCGUGCCCGUUGUCGUUAAGCCGAUAUAAUCCGAGCUUCGUCAAGACCGACUCCAGCAAGGAUUUCGCGGACAUCGACUCGGAUCCGGAUUACAACACUCUGGCGGACUUUCGCAAAAUGAUGGCCGAUCUGAACGUCUAGAACAAUAUAAACUCGCGCUGAUACACAUAGUAACAAUUCGAAGGAUUUGUGCAUUUUGUUUUUCUCAUCGCGAGAACGUGAAAUUCGUCGAUUUACGUGGCAUGGAUCGAGAGGAAGCAAUUUCGUUCGGUAUAUUUGUACCUGGGUUGAUUUUGUGCCAUUGAUCGCGAGAAGAGACAACCUUAACGUUUGCGCAAAGAUAUCUCUGAAGCAAAAUGAUCGGCACACACAGCACAAAGGUACACAACACUCGGGCGACGCUUAGUUAUUCAAGUCUAUGUUCCGGAAAGACUCGCACAGCCACCAGUGAUAUAUACUCGUAAGUCAUUAAUAACGAUAAGAUACGUAGCGUAGAGAGAUAAUUUAAUAAUUGAUAGCGUUAUGAACGUGAAUGGGAUUAGGAACGUCGCGCGCGGAAGACGGAUGGAUCUUUUAUAUUGCAGCACGCUUCUUGACGAGAAAUUAGUUGUAAACUUGUUAUAGCAAAUUAAGUAGAACGUGUGUUAAAAAAAUAAAAAAAAAAAAAAACAAAAAUAAAAAAGUUUGUCGAACUUUUGAUCGGAGUAAAUGUCGAACUUUUAUCGUGUAUCUUUUUGCAAGUUUCUCUGUGUUAAAAGGUAAAAACCACGUUUUUUUUUUGUUAUCGUUUGGAUCUCGUUCUCGAUAGUUGAAUGAUACCAAACGAUUCGUAUAAUAUAUAUAUAUAUAUUCUUGUUAUGAAUAAAAGAGUGUUGAGUAAUUGGAAAAAUUGAGAAGAUGGAUGAAAGAAUUAAUUGCGAAAAUAAUUUUCUUCUUAACUUGAAGAUCUAAUUUCACGUAAAUAAGUAAAUUAUAUAUAUAUAUAUAUAAUAUAAUAUAACACGCGCGCGUAUAAUCUCGAAAGAUGUUCAAGAACGUUUGAAACUUGUAACACGUAAUUUGGUGGAAAGAUGUUAUAUGUGGAAGUGUCCUGCAAAUAGAACAAUCGAUACUUUAUUUUCAGACUGGAAAACCGCAUUUAAAAAUAUGUUUCUUCAUCCAUCUUUUCAACUAUUUAGGUUUGCGAUUCAAAAGCGAUUUUAUAAAUAACUUCUGACUCUCUUAUUCGACUGAAGCGAUAAUUUAAUCAUUUGUAAAAAACAAAACGUUGGAAAUUGUUUGAUAAUUUAUAUCGAUCUUUUUAUUGAAUCGGAAAAACUGAAUUAUUUUAAUACCAUGAAAGAUAAACCGUCUAAAAUUAAUCGCCUUUCCUACAUAUUUGAAUUCUGGACUGCGAAAUCAAACGAGGUUUAGAGUUACGUAUUACGUGGUCGUUACAUAUUUUCUGUAUCUCGAAAACCUGACCGCGAGAAUCGAACCGUACAUACAAAACUGUUCGAGCUUGGGAACAAAAUCAGGACAACUGAUUCAUUAUCGAGACUGUGUAUCCGAUUUCUUCCGUUGUCAUCAUUUAGUUGCAAUCCAGAUGAUGUAUCAUCGUAAUCGGGACUAAAAGUGAAAUAGAUUAUUUAUAUACACAAUUAUUUCAACAAAAUUCGAGAAAAAUUAUAAAAUAUAAUUUAUUGUUAGAAAAUUGUA